AAAUUAUGACGUUUACAUAACCUUACUUUUGCAAAAAUUGUGAUACAUAUUAAAAAAUAUGAUUUAAAGCCUUUAUCAUCUAGAAUGCGAUGCACUUUCAACCGCGAACCUUAUUUAAACAUUUGAGAAACCUAAUACAUACUAGUAAAAUGGCAAAAAGUAAAUUUGAUUAUGUUAGAAAUUUCGAAACGGAAGAAAAACUCCUACCAAAUUGCUGGAUUGUGGUAAGAAUCGACGGUAGGGCCUUCCAUAAGUUCACCACAAAACACAAUUUUAAAAAACCCAACGAUGAAAAUGCCCUCGCCUUAAUGAACAAAGCUGCAAGUGUGGUUAUGAACGAGUUUAAAGACAUCGUUCUUGCCUAUGGACAAAGUGACGAAUAUUCAUUUGUGUUACGCAAAGAUACGGCGUUGUAUAAUAGACGAGGCCCCAAAAUAAUGACUUAUCUCAAUAGUUUAUUUACAUCGUCUUAUGUAUACCACUGGAACCAUUUUUUCAAAGAAACAAAACUAAAAUAUCCACCAGCGUUUGAUGCCCGCAUCGUUCUCUACCCAACUGAUGAAAAUCUGCGGGAUUAUUUAAGCUGGAGACAAGCUGACUGUCACAUAAACAACCUCUACAACACGACGUUUUGGGCCUUAGUACUUCAGGGUGGUUUAACAAAUACUGAAGCUGAAAAACGACUAUGUGGCACGUUAUCUUCGGAUAAAAAUGAAAUUUUAUUUAGUGAAUUUAGUACGAAUUACAAUAAUGAACCUGAAAUAUUUAAAAAAGGCACGAUUUUAAUUAGGAAAAGAAUUAAAAGUCCCAAACACGGAAAAUCACGUUUGGUUAUCUUACCUUUACAUGAAGAUCUGAUUCAGGAUAAAUUCUGGGGAAGAAAUUCGGAAAUUCUCGAUAUUAAAACUGCACAACUUUACGAAUGGCCUGAGGCAACACCCUUGCCGUCAUUAGUAUUGUCACAAUUACACAUUGACACUCCUGAUACAGACAAAGAAAUGGUUGUUAUUGAAGAAACGGAUUAAUUAUUUUAACUGUAUUUAUUUUUAUAACACACAAAAACUAGUUGAACAAUAAUUACUUUAUAAUACAUUUAUUAUUUACA